AUCUACAAAUACGUAAAGCUGGUGAUGUUCCUGGUUUAAAUACCAUUCCUGCUCCUGUUGUGCCAUCUCGUGGUCCGUCCAGCCUUGGCGUGCCUUCUGUUUUAAGCCUUAACUCUGUUGAUGAUAUGCCAGCAGCCGAGAAAGCAGGUGGGAGGAGAAACACAACCGAAGGUUAUAUAUGGGAUUGUUCUGACUGGGCAGUAGCAUCUCAGAAGCCGCUGUCAAAUAUUGUUGAAGUGUCAACAAAAGAAGUACGGGAUUCUUCAAGUGUUCCUAGCACUGAAUCAAACAGUCGUACCAGCCAAAUUGAAUUGCUUCCUAAAGAUGGGGAAAAUGGUCAAUCUGGGAAUCUCAAGCUUUCAAGCAACCAAUCAGGAAGUGAAGACUUUGAAAGACCAGAAUCUGAGUACGUUGGUGAUUCGGAAAAUAAUGACAAUGAUUUUGAUGAUAGUGUUCUUCCUGUGCCAAACUUUGAAAAUAUUUUGGGCAUGGCUGAUUUAGAAUUUGCUGAUGAUGGAACAGACAGUAGUCCAUCUCCUCAUAAAUAUCAGCGUCAUCCUAAUUCGUAUCUACCUGCCCAUACAACAAGCACUGCUAAUACAAGCCCAGAUCACACCUGGAAUGCAGACACUCGCCAAAUUUGUGAGCUUUCUGAUGAUGAAGUCAUGACAUAUGGUUUUCCACCUCAGGGAGGGCGUGGUUUUCAUGUUCCAAUAGAUGUCUCGGGCUUAGAUUCUAUGUCUAUGUCUGUCGGAGGAUAUACUUCAACUAAUGCCUCAUUUUCUGAUAUAUCUGGUGCUGUCUGUGAGAUUGAUGACAGUGAAGCAAAUUGUAGUGAUGUAGACUAUGAUGGUGUAGAUACUAAACCUUCUGCAUUUCCUCAGGACAGGUUUUGCUCCACUCACUUAUAGCCAGUUGUCAAUUGUAAAAUAGAUAUAUUGGAUAAGGUGUUGCUAUUACUGUACAUUCAACUUCCAUUUACCAACCAAAAUAUUAUAUUCAGAGCUUUUAUUGUUACUUGUCUUUAUGAAAAACUUUGUAACUAGAAAGUUAAAACAAAUCCGAAUUUAAUUCGAUUUAGAACUGAAUCACUUAUAUAAGCUUUAAAUUUUCUUUAAUGAAUUGUAUUCAUUAAUUUCACAAUUUUAUUCCUUUUAAUUAUUGUAACCUCUCCGAAAUUAGUUUUAUUUUAAGAAGCUGCUUCAGUUAGUAGAAGUCUGAAUCUCCAGAUCUGCAUGCCUUUGCUUGUUUAAAGUUUUCAUUUUGCCUUAAAAUUUGUCCAUAUGCCUAUUUUCACCUUUCUCUUUCUGUUUAUUGAUAACUAGAAUAGAUGUAUUACUUUUCUUUUUCUGUUCCUUUUUUUAUCUUUCUCUCACAUAGAUUAUAUUCAAAAUAUUAAGUAAAAAAAUGAAUAAAAUCUUAUAAAAUUAUAAUGAAAUUAAUCUUAAGUUAUUUGAAAAUUCUAAAUUCAUCUGAUGGUGCCUAAACAAAUUUGCAAAGUGAACUUGAUUAUAUGAUCUUAAUAUGAUAAUCUGUAACAUAUAAUAUAACAUGUGGCACAUGGCCAUAUUUGAUACUGACUUGUUAGUAUAAAAAAUUGAGAAGAAUUUUCAUAGUUAAAUUGAGUGUGCAUACUGUGGAAAGGAAUACUGUCAUAGUAUAACUGAGUAGGUAAUAAUGACAUUAGAAAAUAUCUUUUUAUGAGCUAUGGUAAUGAUGUAAGCAUUUAUAAAAAUUAUCAAUUAGAUACAUUAUAAAUAAUAUUAGGCAAAUAUACUAUUAAAAAUGAAAUGAUGAUAAAAAUGAUUAAGUUAUAUAUAUAUAUAUAACUUAAUAUACAGCUCUGUUAUAUAGUAAUAUAUCACUUAAACAUAGAAUCAAGAAAUGGUUAACAAUUGGCUACCAGAGACUACUGCUAUUGCAUUAUAGUUGAGUACAUGUUUAUUCAUGCUAAACAGUGAAAGUUUUAGUAGUUGUAAUUCAAAUGUAAUUUUAAAACUACUAAAAAAAUCAUAGUUAUCCUUGUAAAGCUAAUUUUGAAGGAUCAGAGAAGCAAUAGUAGUCAUAAUACGAAACUUCUAGAACGAUGUUUCUUAAGUUGUAGAUCAGGACCCCAAAUGGGGUCGCAAAUCUAAAUGUUUGAAUCACGAAAAUUUAAUCCAGAUACAUGAAUUUAAAGAAAUAUUAUUCACACUCCGUUCGUUAUCUUUAAUUUAAUAUAUUACAUUUUUCCUACAGUGCAAUUAUAAUAUUGUUUUACUGGUCAAGUUGAACCAUAAAUUAUAUUUACAUAUUGAAAAUUACUACUAAAAAGAAAAUGAGAAGCAAUAUUUCAAAAUAAUUACAUAGUGUAUAUAAGUGAAAACAAAUUGUAUGUCAUUUAGAAGGUUAAAGUUCCAUUUUUCCCCUUUCAUUAAUUAAUGCUGAUUUCACUUUCAUAUUAUGAAUGCAUUUAUUUAUUUUAUAUCUCAAGUUUGUGAUACUUAUUUUCAUCAUUAAAGUUUAGAAUUUAGUAAUUAGGUUUUACAUAAAAUUGAACAGUAAUGUUAUGAUUAUUAAACUAGUAGAAUAGUAAUAUUAAACUUCAGUUCACAGCAGUUUAGAUUUUGAAAUUUCUCCAAAGCAGAUUAGAUUUUUAUAGAUGAGAUUCAUGAAAUUUUGCACUAUGUAUGCAUCACGCUUUUAAAUACCUGAGUAUACUUUCAAUCAUACAUUUCAGUCAAUUUACAUGUUAUUCUAAUAUUUACCUGUUUUUACAUGCAGGCAUGUAUAAGGCUUUUUAUAAUUAUUUAUUGUUCAUUUCUUGUCAACAAUUACUCUUAUAUUAUUAUCACUUUGUAUAAGUUGAACCAGUUUUAAAUGGUUUCCUGUUGCGGUUUUUGAACUUGUUAGUAAAAUAAAAGUUAUACAUAGCGUAAUUAAUUAAUUUUAAUAAUAUUAAAAACCAUGUAAUGAAGAUAUUAUUAGCUAAUGUGAAUUUUUAAUAAUUUUGGGUAAUUAAUGCAAUUGGAAGAACGAAAGUUAUGGUACAUGUAGUUUGCAACAUUAUAUGUAACAUUAAAUACUGAAAAGUAUUUAAUGUUACACAUAAUGUUAAUAUGUAGUUUAAUCCAAAUGUAAUUGAUAGUACUGACUGAAAUAUUUUGAAUCAUUUCUAUCUUUGUUUCUGGAUAUUAAUAAUGUUAUUUUUCAAGAUCUCUUUUAGUCAGCUGAUUUUUUAACUCAAGGAGAUUCAGACAAUGGCUAAAUGUUUUUCAUACAUAAUUUUAAAAUGUUUACAAAAUGCACAUGUUAUUACUAUUUUUAUUCUGUUUGUUUUAUUUCAAUAUUUAGAAUUUUUGUAAUUAGAAAUCAUGGUGAUUUUUAUAGAAUUUAAACUUUUCUUAGCAUUAGAACUACAUUUUGAACUUUCUAUGUGUAUCAGAACAAACUAACUUGGAAAAAUUUAGUAAUCCAUCAUUCAUCAUCAUUUUUGUAAAUGGACUUUUUAUAUAUGUAUUUAUCAUUCCUAAUUUAAUUAAGAUAUUUUAUUUCUAUGCUGGUGUAAUAUAAAUGAGAAGGAGCAAAAGGUGUCCUGCAGUUUGUGAUAACUUGGAUCUGUGGCAGCUGAUUUCUGUCUCUUUCUAUGUGGUCUGCAGUGCAGCUGCUUUUGUGCCAAAAUCACUUUCGUUUUUACACUUUUCUUUUUUAAUUUUAUACUGAAAUUUUUUACUGUGAUGAACUUUUCCUGUAAAAUGUUUUUCAAUGAAGGAAGAAAAUCCUUUGAUGCUGUAGUCAUCAUUUUUUGGGAAGUGUAUUGUCUUAAUUCAAGUUAGAGUUGCUGAAUAAUUAGCUAUUUAAAGUUAUUAACAUUCCACAGUGCCAGGUUUCUCCUAUAAAUCUGUUUUAUAAAUUUCACAUGUUACACCUUUGCACUAAAACAUUACUUGCAAUAAUUUUAUAAUGAGGAAAUAUUAAUAUUUCAUUAAUUCUUAAACAUUUUAGAGUGUUACUCUGUAGUUAGAGAUUUAACUAUAUAAAUAAAAAUGAAAAUAUUGUAUUAUAGUUUAAAAGAAGUUACAGUAUUUUUUCACCAACUUCCAUUUCUCAAAAUAAUACACUUAAUCAACCCUUUUUUUUUUUCUAAAAUACUUAAAUCAGAUUGUAUAAAUUUCCAGUAAAUUUCAAGGUAUAAGAAUCAUUUUGGUCAUAUCUAACUUUUAAUUCAUAGAU